AUGCUUCCACAAUAUUUCACUCAUUUUUUUAUUGGCCAUGACCCUGUCGGCGAUCAGUACAAAAUACUAUGCGUAAUUACAGGCUUACCUUGUCAAGAAGAGUUAGAAGAAGAUGAACAAGUAGAAUUAGAAAGUAUUCCCGAGUCAAUGACAGAGCACUGGGUCUUUGCACUAGAAGCUGGUGGUUCGUGGAAAAGGGUUGCAAAGGACUUUCACACUCAUUAUCCUUCACCUAUACAAGUGACUAUGAACGAGUUUUUAUAUUAUUUGACUUGGGAUGAUUUGCAUACUUGUGAUCUUGUGAGUUUCAACAUCAGGUCUGAAGAGCUGAGUAUGAUGCUGGAGAUGGGAUAUAUAAGUUUGACAAGCAGUUGA